AUGACUGUCCUAAAAAACAGUCUUCAAAAUUACGUACCUUAUUUAUUCGAUACUUUACAAUUACUUCAUCUGAAGAAUGUGAAUGACGCUAGGGAAUUAGCUACAAGAAUUGGACCUGUUUCCCUACAUAUCACUGGUUUUAUGAAAUGGUGUUUUUGUAUGUUGAGCAUCAAUAGAAUAACAGAUUUGCUGUCAUUGUUAAAAAAAUGCUACUCCUAUUCUUACGAAAUUUGUACAAAUCAAAAAGAAAAGGAGGAUUUUCACGAGGAAAUGGAAUUAGUGAGUAGGAGGACUAAUUUUUUUAUUAUUUUGUGGCCCGCUUUGGGAAUGACUGGAGCUUUACAUUAUUGUUGCAAUCCUCUAUCAUUUCGUUUAUAUAAAAUUUACGUACAACAUGAAGAUAGUAGAAAUGUGUCAAAAGUCCUUCCAAUGAAGGGAUGGUUUCCAUGGGACGAUAAUAAUUACUUUGGAUGCUCUUAUAUUUUACAAAUUUUCGGCGUGCUGGGCUGUUGUCUGGGAAGUGUUUCCUAUGAUCAGUUGUAUGUGACGACGUUGAUAAUAAUUUCUGGUCUUAUAAGACAUCUUCUCAAAUCUCUAGAAGGAAAAAAUGUCGAACUGCAAACAUAUAGACAAGAUUUAUCGAAUUACAAUUGUUUUGAGAAUCGACUGCGAAAAUGCGCUAUACAGUAUGCGGAACUUUUACAUUAUUUACAAGAUUUGGAAAAUGUUGGAAGUCCUUGUAUGUUUGUACAAUGUGUGCAAAAUAUUGUUAUCUUGUGUCUGUCAUCAUUCGAGGCAGCAACACUUAAUUAUACAAUGGAUGCAGAGUGUAUUUUGAAAAUUUUAACAAUGGCAGAAUUUGUCACUGCAAUUACGAUACAGUUGUUCUUUUUUUGCUUUGUUGCAACGCAUAUCAAAUCACUGGGUUUGAAAAUAGCAGAUGCAGUAUAUGCUUGUGAAUGGGUUUCUUCCUUUGGUCCAGUAAAUUUAAAAAAAGAAAAAUAUCUCAAAAAUAAUAGGGUGAAGUGCUCAGUGCUAAUGAUUACAAUUCGUUCACAACGACCAAUUCUUCUCACUGGUGGUCCAUUUUAUAUUCUCUGCCUGGAGACUUUUAAGGCUAUAAUCGGUCUCGCUAUAUCCAAUGCCGUUAUAUUAAGUCAAGUCUACAAGGGUUAA